AUGGCAGCAGGUCCUCUUGACCUCAAAAAGGUUGAAUGCCCGCAUGUCCAGCCGAAGCCAACGAUCUGGCAGUGCCCUCGGUUGGAGAAGCUGCUGCCAAAGACUUUGCAAGAAGACCGCGGCAUGAUGCAGGCUUGGGACAAGGGCCGCAGACUGGCGAAGACCGUCUCUCUGCUGGGGCCCUGGCCUGGCGAGGCGACCGUGAAAUCAAAGAGCUGCGACGAGCCUCGCUCUGUGGACCUGGCACGAUGCCGUUGCAGCUGCCCCAGCACCCAUGCGUUCUGUGCUCAUCUUCUUGCUGCGACACUGGCCGCGGAAGAGUCCGGUGACGUGGAGGCCUGUGGGCGAAUGGCUUUGCUCAGCCACAUGCACCACCUUGCGCGGGGAAAGCAGCGUCGAAUUGAGAUGGCUGCCGAAGUAUCCGCCGGAGCAGUUGCAGCUUUGCUCCCCAUGGCCAGUGAGGCCGCCCUGUGUCGCUGGGCGCUGCUGUCCCUGUUAGCGCUGUGCCAGCGACAGCCACCCACGUUCUCAGUGACAUCAAGUCCCGGAUCCGUGCUAUGUUUCCAGCUGGCUGAGAAGGCCGCGGAGUUCCAAACAGCCUCGCAGGCCGCGGUCUUCAUCGAGUCUCUGGUCCAGGAGCUCGGAAAGUCCACCCCCUGCGCCUCACUGACCAUGGCGGCUGCUUCGGCGGCUGCAGAACGCUUACUGCUCGAUGUCGCGCAAGAAAAGCAA